ACUAUGCAGGGUGAGAAGUCCCGAUUAGAGGAAUAUUCAUAAGCUGCAGAAAUGGGGAGCAUGCACUGGUGGUGUGCUGUCUUGGCAGUGGUAAUCACUGCUGCUAAACUGAGCACAGAGGGCAAAAGUACCCCAUCGCCCAAGUUCACGAAGAUAAAAGUGGCUGGCAUGGAAGACGGUGAUGGCCUUGGUGCACCCGAUGCUUCACCCACCGAAGGCAACCAUUUCACUGAACCAGCAGAGACAAGUGACUCCACCAUGGAGCUGUCCACUCCAAACUACGCCUUCCGAACAGCCACCACUCUCUUCCCUUUUGAAAACUUCACCCUCGACUCAUCCGACUUCUUCUUUAACUGCUGCGAUUGCUGUGCUGCCACCCCAGGGGAGAAAGGCGAACCUGGAGAGCGAGGAUUGCCAGGUCUGAAAGGAGAGGCGGGAGAAAAAGGACUUCAGGGUCUACCAGGAAGUCCUGGACUACAAGGUGCGAGAGGAUUCAAAGGAGACAAAGGAGAUAAAGGAGAACAUGGAGCCCAAGGAGCAAAUGGAAUCCCGGGAUUUCCAGGCAAGACAGGAGAACAAGGUGAAAUGGGAUUCAAAGGAGACAAAGGAAACUAUGGCCUGCCCGGCGCCAAGGGGCAAAAGGGCAACAAGGGUGAAACGUGUGAGAACGGCACCAAAGGAGAGAAGGGAGACAAAGGGGAGCUGGGAUUGCCAGGGGUCGAUGGGGAAAAUGGGGAGAAGGGAGAAAAGGGGGAGCUUGGGGAAAAGGGCUACUAUGGAGAUCCUGGCGAUAAGGGUGAUAGGGGAGAACGGGGGGAGAUUGGGCCCAAAGGAGACAAAGGUGUCAAAGGAGACAUGGGGGUCGAGGGGAUCCAUGGGAUGGAUGGGCAGAAGGGAGAAAAAGGCGACCAAGGUUUUAGGGGGGACAAAGGUGACCCAGGGCCAAUUGGGAUAAUGGGACCCCCUGGGGUGAAAGGAGCGUCUGGCUUCAAAGGAAUCAGGGGACCACCUGGGAAGAAAGGUGCCAAAGGUCCUAAGGGGUCAAAGGGCGAGAUCUCAAGCCCCCCCAGAUCAGCUUUCAGUGUUGGCCUGUCCAAGCCUUUCCCGCCUCCCAACAUGCCCAUAAAGUUUGACAAGAUUCUGUACAAUGACCAGGAAGAUUACAACCCCUCGACGGGGAAAUUUAAUUGCACCAUCGCCGGGGCUUAUGUCUUCUCCUACCACAUGACCAUCCGAGGGCGGCCUGCCCGCAUCAGCAUUGUGUGCCAGAACAAGAAGAUGGUCAGGUCUCGGGAGACCUUGUAUGGGCAAGAGAUAGACCAGGCUUCCUUCCUAACCAUUCUGAAAUUAAACAUAGGGGAUCAAGUUUGGCUGGAGGUCACGCGAGACUGGAACGGGGUUUAUGUUAGUGCUGAAGAUGACAGCAUAUUUUCUGGUUUCCUCUUAUAUGCUGAUGAAAUGCUUGACACCUUACUAUAA